AUUAUGCUUCGUGUUGGCUACCCAUACCUUCCAAGCAACAUACGCGUAUACGACUUUAUCUAAUGAGUAUGAGUGCGUGUAGUCAAUAAAAUCAUAUAUACAUUACUCCACCAGUUUACAGUUGAUAUUCAGAAAGCUCAAUCUUUUAAACUGGAUCAGCACUGAAGAACUUACCAAAAAUAUCAAAGAAUUUAAAAACAUUACCUCAUCAGAAGCAGACGGGAGCAGCGCAAGAACCAUAAAAGAAGCAGCUACACACAUUCUGACCCUGCUUAAACACAUCUGUAUUAAUAGAAUACAGCAAGGUGUAUUUCCAGCCAUUUGCAAAAAAAAGCACAGUUACACUGAUCCAAAAAAGCGAUAGCGCAGAAGAAAUCACCAACCACAGACCCAUCACAAUUACAAGCAACUUUGCGAGAAUAUUGGAGAAAUGCAUAAAAAAAUGACUACAAGUACUUAUCGACAAACAAUCACUCAUUUCUGACAACAUGGUUUCAGACCAAGGAAAUCUACGCAAGAUGCUAUACACCAAAUAACUACAAAUAUUCACGAAAACACAGGCAAUGGAAUGAUAACGAUCGCUAUCUUCCUGGACCUAGCCAAAGCAUUUGAUACUAUCGCUAAUAACCAGCUACUAACUACUUUAAACAGGAUUGGUACAAGUGGUAACGCGCAGAAGUGGUUUCAAUCGUAACUAGUAAACCAAAAGCAGAGAGUAAAGGUAUGAUGCACGUAUGCACGUAGCCAAAACUCUGAAACGACAUGCGUCAUCCCACAAGGCACCAUUCUGUCAGCGUUCCGAUUCAUCAUAUACGACGAGGAUAUUUUACAACACAACUUCCAAUUCCAAUUAAUCUCUUACGCAGACGACACGUACUCAUAACAACAGGUAACACAUGGAAGGAAACAUUUUGAACUGCCGAAUGUUACAUUAGCCCUUAUACCGACUACUCAAUGAUAGGCUUCUCACACUAAACCCGAUUAAAACCACUUGCAUGACCGUUAGAGUCAAGAAGACAGAAAAACAGGAUGUCGUAGUGUACGUCUCCAACUUCACACAACUGCGGAACAAGAGGAGACCCUUGCCGAUGUGACAUAAUCAAUAGAGUUUCGAACCAAAAAUAUCUUGGCAUAUUAAUCGACAAAAAAUGAAAUGGAAGCCCCACAUAAAUUACACCUGCGGAAAAUUGAGAAAGCUCUUCCACCCACUAAUUAAUCUACGACAAAUAGUAGAUAAAAAAAACUAGACAGGUAUACUAUGCUCUAGUUCACUCCGCAAUUCAACAUGACAUCACGGCAUGGGGUAGUGCUUUUAAAAAACAUCUACACUCUCUAAACAAACUACAGAAAGCACUAAUCAAAGCCGCGCUACAUCUAUACAACAGAUACCCGUCGGACAAGUUUUUCGAAGACCAUGAAAUUCUUGAUAUACACCAACAGUACCUAAAGUACAUUACGACAAGACUCAAUAAAAACACGGAUAACAUCAAUAAACAAACAAUCCAGCACAGACACACAGCAAGAGCAGUAACAUUGGUGCCUUCGAAAUCGCUCGAAUUCGAACCACUUUGGGACAACGACAGGAGAAAAUAAUAGCAAAUAAAUUAUACAACAACUUCCCAUCACAUUUGAAAAACAAGCUCAUUGCCACCGUCAAGAAAAAGCGUACCGACUUGCUAAUCGAUGCAGGCACAGGUUUUUACAGCAAACUGACAGAAAGCUACUAAGCCAAUCCUGAAACCACACGAAAACACAAAUGAAAUUACUCGAAAUCUCCCAGACACCCAUACAAACUAUUCUUUCUUCCCAUAUGCCCUACAAAUAAGCUGUUUUAGAACUUAUGUAGGACUUCCUGUCGACAAAUACCGCAAACGUCUCUGAAGCAACGUAACUUUAAGGGAAACAAAAAAUAUGUAUGAAUCACGAAUCACUGGAAUACAUAAGUUUACACUUACAUGCUGAAUACAUGUAACUAGUAAUAAGGCACGAAUGCCUUAAUAUGAAUAAAUACUAGAUACUAAAUACUAAUGAGCAAAAAUAGUUUUUUCCUACUAGUUUAUUUGCCGAUUCUGGGGCCCGCGAGGACGAAUUAACCGCCUGGUUGCUACGGAAUUAAUACUUUAUAGAAGCAUAAAAAAUAUUUACUGUAAUAUCUGAAGAAGUAACGAAUACUCUCUAAGUUGAACGGAUCGCAAAUAUCAAAUAGCAAAUUAUUAAAUGAAUGUAAGGUGAAGAUGUCCGUAUUUCUGGUUCUGAUCACGUUAUUCCAACGUUUUUUUUUCAAUUACGUGUCUCGAAAGGAGUCAUCAGAAUCGUUAAAAAUAUCCAUAGUUAUUUGAAAAUUAAUCCAGCUAUUUACAUUUAUAUUUACGGCCCAUUUUGAAAAUAUUACUGGUUGAUGUUACACUUUAAAAGUAGACACUGAAAACUAGCACCAUGAUUUUUUGGCACGCUGUAAGAUUAAUCUGCCGAAAGUUAUCGGUGGAUUUAUGUGGACCUCUUAUUAUCGCUAAACUAUGUAACGUAAUCGGGUAAAGUUUCGACUAAAAAUUCGAGGAAAGAUUUUCUACACGUCGGAUGGAAGCGCAUAAAGUAACGUCAGAAAUUCAUACAGAAAAUGACAAUUUUUCUGUAUCGUCGGAGGAAUUAGGCAAUGCCAUUUCAAAGUUUUACUUUAAAUACCCUCGAUGCUUGACGAAAAACGGAAAAAAUGGGCUCGAGUUUGACAACGACGGAGACCCUAUCAUUGAUCGGCAAACACAGGGAGAAUUAAUUAUAGAGCACAGUAUAUCGACAGCACUAGGACUUGUUGGCCUUCAAGUAUGGCGUGGUGCAUUUUUACUCGCUGAUUACAUACUGCACAAUGGAAAACUAUUUGAAAACCAAGUCGUCCUAGAGCUAGGGUCUGGUGUUGGCCUUACUAGCAUUAUAGCCGGAAUGUUGGCUAAUGAGGUUAUAUGUACCGAUGUGAAUGUAGGUGGGAUCCUUAAAUUAAUACAAGGAAAUGUGGAUAGAAAUAGGGUUUAUAUUAAAUCUCCGUUUCUGGUUACGGAAUUGAAUUUUUUCAACCUGAACUGGCCGAAAACUUUACAAGAAAAAAUUGAUGCAGCUUCAAUUAUCCUAGCAGCAGAUGUGAUUUAUGAUGACCAAAUAACGGAUGCGUUUGUGAGAACCGUGAUGAAGUUGUUGAACUCGCGGUUGCCGAAGGCAAUUUACAUCGCCUUAGAGAAACGGUAUGUGUUUACCAUUUCAGAACUGGAUACUGUAGCGCCGAUGUACGAGGAGUUUUUAAGAUGUGUUCAACGAUACAAAACUAAUUGGAAGAUUCAAUAUUUGGAUAUAAAUUUUCCACAAUAUUUCAAAUAUGACAGAGUGAAAGAGCUGAUACUGAUGAAAAUUGAAAACAACGUCGCUAGUAUAUGAAAAAUGUAUUAGACCAAAUUUAAAACGAGUAUAUAACUUAAUAAUGCUAAUUACAGUUAGGUCAAAUUUAUAAUUACGCUGUGUCGUAAGUAAGAAAACUUAAAUGAGAAUAUAACAAUAAAGUUCUUUUUUCUUUUGAA